AGUAGAGUGUUACCGCAACAUAAUCUGCUCGGCGGUUUCAAGUUGCACUCUCUUGUUCUAACUAGCAUUGUUACUCUCCGACGACUCCAUCACCAUGAAUUUGAUCCGAUCAAACCCAAUUUCUUCAUCAGAGGUUGGAGCAGCUGUUCUGCGAGCCGCUGUUAGUGAAGAAUUGGCAGAAGGACAUGGUGAUGUGGGCCCCAAAGAGCUCAUGCACAUGUCAAAAGAUGAGACGGUUGAAUAUGUCACUCGCAAUAUGUGGUACCCUGUUUACAGCCCCCUAGUUCACGAGAAGUAGAUUAACAAUUAAUGUUUUCAACCUUGGAGGCUACAUCUAUGGGCCGCAACCAGUGCUCCAGAAUGAAUUGCAAAUUCACUUUUUAUCAAUUUUCUUUGUAUGAUUUAAUGACAUCCUUACAUGCUAGUAUAUUCUAGAAAUACUGACAUGGUCAUCCUAUCAACAAUUUAUUGCGUGGAAGAAAAGAUGGAUCCACUGAAGACGAACCCGCUUGGAUUGAAUUUUUUUGAUAGCGCUCAUUUUUGAAGUUAAUUUUCAAUAAUGGAGGGUUGUGAAUUGUGAUGUUCAUUUUGUCCCUUGAGAUUAUUGGAUUCAUGAAUACGCAUUCCAUCAAUUACCGGGCUGAGGAUUUAUUUGUUGUAUUUUAUGGACCGCAACCACUACUACUCCGGAUGAAUUGCAAAUUCAUUUUUUUUUUAUCAAAUUCCUUUGUAUGAUUUAAUACACUUACAUACUAAUG